AUGCUCGCCGGUCUCUCGUUCACGGACGAGCGACGCGAGCGAAAGAAGGAUCGAAAGCGCGACGAUGACAGGCUCGGAAAGUCGCACAAACGUCGACGACGCGACGGUGAGAAGAGGGACGAGAGCGAGGCACCAGCGCGUGAUGCCGAGGAGCGAGUUCGCGAGGGAGCGCGCGCCAAAACGACGACGAACGACGAGCCGCACGAAGCGCAAUCUGAUUUCUUCUCGGCGGCGCUCGCUGCGAAACCGAGCUCGAAGGGAGACGAUUCACGAGGAAGGGAGGCAGCGCGCAAAGCGGAGGAAGACCGGCGAAGGGAGAUAGUCUCAUCGAGAGAACUGAACCCGCACAUGCGAGGCGAGGCGGGCGAUGCUUCACCCGCUCCAUCUGUGUCCACGAGCGUGGUCGGAGACGGUGGGUCCAGUUGGCGACUCAAAGCGCUUCGACGCGCGCAGGAGCGCGCCGCUGCAGAGGGAAAGAACAUCAACGAAGUCGUUAGCGAACAUUGGGGCUCGGUGAACGAGCUGGUCGCUGGUAUCGGCGAGAACGCGGCGCACGGCAAGGCGCACAUACAUGCUCGUAAGAGCCGAGCGCGAGUUGGGCGCAGUGCUGACGGAACCAGUGGUGACGGAAUGCGAGCGCCAGAUUCUUUCGGUCCACGAAGACGUCGUGAAGGCACCGGGCUGCGAGAGGAUGACCGAGCAAUUAUACAGUCCGCGCUCACGAAGAGCAACAACUUUGCCUCGGAUGGGUCGUUCAUGGAUAAAUUUGAGAAUGGGGAGAUGAACGUCGAUGACGACGACGACGCGAGAGCGCCUCGACCCGUGACGACGUGCAACGAUGUUCAAACGCUACACGCGGUCCCCAAAGCAAGAAACUCCGCUCAGAACGUUUUGUCAACAAAUAUGUCAGCCGCAGCCGCUUUACGCGCUCGACUGUUUGGCGGUAAUAGCAGUAAAGCACCGCAAGCACUCGCGAGCGCUGGCUCGGUGUCAGAUGAAAUUCUCCCGAUGGUCACUGCGGACGGACGCGCGGCGCCGGGCGCGUUCGGACGAGACACCACGAUCAAGGGUGGCGUGCGAGUUGCGGAGGGUCAAGUGAGGAAAGCACCGAGGGUCACACAGAGAUUUGAAGACGGCACUCGGACGCGGUACUUUGCCGACGAUGACAAGUCGCUCACGGAUUUGGUCAAGGAGCAAAAGUAUGGCGGAACUGCGGAUAUCGACGUGAAUGUAGCCGAUAACAUCGCUCGAAACAAGAGGUAUCGCGGCAAGGAGCUGGACGUGGACGACGAGUACGAUCACGAUGGAGGCUUGGAGAUGUACGAGAGUCGGGAGAAGAAGAUGUCUGGAGCGCGCCAACAAGCGCGCGCAAAAGAAAAGGCUAGUCAGGAAUGGAGAAGAACUCAAGCUGUGCAACACAAAUGCACAUAUUGCAUUGAUGCACCUGAUAGGCCCAAGCACUUACACGUGGCGUACGGAAACAUGGCGUACCUCAUGCUUCCACCGCAAGGCCGACUCGUAGUGGGACACUGCGUCAUUGCGCCAAUGAAUCACGUCCAAUCGUCCAGACAAACGGACGAAGACGUGUGGGAAGAGAUGAGAAAUUUCAAAAAGUGUUUAGUGAGAAUGUUUGCGCAAGAGGGCAAGGAGUGCUGCUUCAUAGAGACCGCGAUAAAUCUAGGUCUGGGUGGACGCCACUGCGUCGUCGAAUGCGUGCCGAUACCGCAAGAGUUGAGCGAGAAGGCCAGGAUGUACUUUCGUAAAGAGCUUCUCGAGUGUGAGUCGGAGUGGUCGACGCAUCACGCGAAGACAUGUUUGUCAACGGCGCCGCCGAAAGGACUGAGAGGUACGAUACCAGCGAAUUUCGCGUAUGUACACGUCGAGUUUGGAAUGCGCGGCGGCUAUGUCCACGUCAUAGACGACGAAAGCAAGUGGAAUCGUAACUUCUGCCGAAACGUACUCAUUGGGCUUUUAGACUUGCCCGAACAUCUGACGGAUGCGAAGCAACGACCGCUCGCGCCCAAUGUCUUGCGAGCGGAGUUGGAUGCCUUCUUGAAGAUGUAUGAUCCAGUAGACUGGACGAAGCAGCUUGUGUAA